GUUGUAGUUAGUGGCGGUUUCACAGGAGUACUGGUAGCAGGCCGCACGUUGGGGAAGCUCACGAAAAAUUUACCAAAAGGUUUAUACAAUAGUUGCCUGACUGGAUUGUGGUGUUUGUAUGCCGCUCUCAGAAAAUGGCUGCCCAGGACAUGCGGCUCAACCACACCAUUUACAUCAACAAUCUAAACGAGAAGAUCAAAAAAGACGAGUUGAAGAAGUCCCUGUAUGCCAUUUUCUCCCAGUUUGGGCAAAUCCUGGACAUUCUGGUGUCCCGUUCCCUUAAAAUGAGGGGACAGGCUUUCGUCAUCUUCAAGGAAGUCAACAGUGCCUCCAAUGCCCUGCGGUCCAUGCAGGGGUUCCCCUUUUACGACAAACCUAUGCGCAUCCAGUACGCGAAGCUGGACUCUGACAUAAUCGCCAAGAUGAAGGGCACCUAUGUGGAGCGUGACCGCAAGAAGGAGAAGAGGAAGGUGAAGGGCCCCGAUGUGACUGGGGCCAAGAAGGGCGUGCCAGGGGCCGCAGCCCCAAUGGGCCCCGGGGUCCCGACACCCAUGCCUGGCAUGCCCCCCAUGAGCCAGGCUCCCAGGAUGAUGCCCAUGCCUGGACAGCCCCCCUACAUGCCCCCCCCUGGCAUGAUGCCCCCUCCAGGCAUGGGGCCGGGGCAGAUGCCCCCGGGAGCCAUGCCCCCUGGCCAGAUGAUGCCGGGCCAAAUGCCAGGGCAGAUGCCUCACGCGCAGCAGGUGUCGGAGAACCCACCCAACCACAUCCUGUUCCUCACCAACCUCCCCGAAGAGACCAACGAACUCAUGCUGUCCAUGCUGUUCAACCAGUUUCCCGGCUUCAAAGAGGUGCGUCUGGUGCCCGGGAGGCACGACAUCGCCUUCGUGGAGUUCGAUAAUGAGGUGCAGGCAGGCGCUGCCAGGGAAGCGCUGCAGGGCUUCAAGAUCACCCAGACCAACGCCAUGAAGAUCUCCUUCGCCAAGAAAUAAAAGGAACCGGCUCCUCGUGAUGCAUGUGUACACAUUCAUGCGGCUGGCCAUACGCUUGGGACAAAUUGGGGGCCCCUUUUGUUUGCAAAUUGCACCCACACUGAUUGCCAUGAUUCUCUGUAGCUCAAUUUUAUUUCAUUUUAAUCCCUCCCACCACAAAAGUUGUUCAACACAGCCCACAGGUCCCCCAGCAAUCCCUCUGUGUAGUCUCAUUUCGGCAGUAUCGGUGGGCAGAGCCCAUGGACUUCCCAGGAGCAUGUGCUUGAGGUUGGUAGCUCAUGACCUGUGUCCACCGAUGCUGCCCCUCUUGUCCCUGGUAUCUGUGGAACGAGCCCACACUUCCCAGCAGCGUUCCUGUGAGCUCAGAAGAGGCAUUGCGUCUGUGUCCCAGCUGCGAGGUAAGGGUAAGGAUGGUGCACAGUGAAAGGUUGGUGUCUUUUUACAACCAUUUUAUUCCCCCUCCCUCCCUCAGACAUUCUUUUUGGCUGCACAGAAUGUCUGCGCUGUUUACUUGAUUUAGUUUGAGCGCCUUAACGAUCAUUGCCACCAUGUAGUAUGUUGGCCACUUACAAUUUUUUUUUUUUUUUUUUUUUUCUCCGCAUAAAGAUGUCCUUCUCAGCUAGUUCUUGCAGCUUCCAUGUGAUUUAUUUUAUCCCUUCUGUAGUUUGAAUGUUUACUACCUCAACAGGUAAUCUGGUAUAGUUAAAGACUAAAAGAAAGCCAAUACACCUCAUGCUUCUGGUGGUAAUUUUUUCAAGGCGUAUUGCCCAACAGUUUUUCAAAGCCAAUGGGGAGGGAUGGGUGUUCUCUUGAACAUGUGUUUUGGUUAAUUAUGUAACUCCCAUCAGCCACCUGGAUGUAAUGUGUAAGCAUGCGUGUUAAUUUCCUUUUUAUUGUACUGUCCUAUUGUAAGCAUUGCACCCAGGGUCUGGACCACCAGACAUUGUACCUGGAGCUUUUCUUCAUUAUAAAAUGUUUUAUUAAGCACAA